CCCAGCUCUGUUUACGCUGGAUAAUAUGACUGACGCAAAGGCGACCUGUUUGUAGAGGUGGGUAAUCCAGGUCCGAAAAGUGUAAAUCCUCCCCAGGUUUUUGUUCCAACCGCUCGACUCCUCUCCUUUGCUCAAACCAGCAGCAAAGGAGUUCAGGCAGUUGGAACAAAAUCCUGGGGAGGGUUUUUUAUUCUUUGGACCUGGAUUACCCACCUUACGUGUAUCAUGGUGCGGUGUAGAUACUGUCAGCUCAAUAAAGUUGCUUUAAAGCGCUAAGGCGCGGGGUGGAGAGGGAAAGAGAGAGGGAGGGAGGGAGGGAGAGAGGGAGGGUAGGAAAGAGAGGAGCAGAGGGAGGGGAAGAGCAGCGGAGAGUUUAGCUGAGGGGGCGUAGGGAGGGAGAGAAAGAGAGAGGCAGGCAGGCAGACAGACGGAGGACUCGCGGUGCCGUUCAGUGCCCGGGCCCGGCUCGAACCCCAGCAAGGGAAAUAAGAAUGAAGCCCGCCUGAAAACCGCCGGUGCGCGUUAAGGUGUGUCGUGGCCCCUGGCCCCCUCCGUGGAUGUCUGUCACCAUGGCGAAGCGAGAGACGGGCAGCACAAGUCCAGUGGUGCGGCAAAUAGACAAACAGUUCCUGGUCUGCAGCAUCUGCCUCGAUCACUACCACAACCCCAAAGUCCUGCCCUGCCUGCACACCUUCUGCGAACGGUGCUUACAGAACUACAUCCCACCCCAGUCGCUGACCCUGUCCUGCCCGGUGUGCCGACAGACCUCCAUCCUGCCCGAAAAGGGUGUGGCGGCGCUGCAGAACAACUUCUUUAUCACUAAUCUGAUGGAGGUGCUGCAGAGAGACCCAGAGUGCUCCCGUCCCGAGGCCUGCAGCGUGCUGGAGUCGGUCAGUGCCGCGGCCGCUGGGAAACCUCUCUCCUGCCCAAAUCACGAGGGCAAAGUGAUGGAGUUUUACUGCGAGUCGUGUGAAACGGCCAUGUGUUUGGACUGCACGGAGGGCGAGCACCGAGAGCAUGUGACUGUCCCGCUGAGAGACGUUCUGGAGCAACACAAAGCAGCACUGAAGAACCAGCUAGACGCCAUCCGCAACAGGCUGCCUCAGCUCACAGUAGCUAUUGAGCUGGUGAAUGAAAUUUCCAGGCAGCUAACAGAGCGAAAGAACGAAGCGGUGAAUGAGAUCAGUGGCACGUUUGAGGAGCUGGAGCGAGUGCUGCACCAGCGCAAGGCGGCCCUCAUCGCCGACCUGGAAAACAUCUGCAGCGCCAAGCAGAAGGUGCUGCAGACGCAGUUGUCGUCGCUGCAGCAGGGCAAAGAGAACAUCCAGAGCAGCUGCAGCUUCACGGAGCAGGCCCUGAACCACGGCAGCGCCACCGAGGUGCUGCUGGUGCAGAAGCAAAUGAGCGAACGGGUCAGCGCUCUCGCCCGCCACGACUUCCCUGAGCACCCGCACGAAAACGCCCACCUGGGGUGCCAGGUGGAAACAGAGGGGCUGCGACGCUCCAUCCAGAACCUGGGUGUGCUUCUGACCACCAGCGCAGUGGGACACACCAGCGUGGCCACUGGAGAGGGCCUGAGGCACGCUGUCGUCGGCCAGCACGUCACCAUCACGGUCACCACCAAGGACAAAGAGGGAGAACUGGUGAGGACCGGAAACGCGGCUUUAAAAGUGGAGAUUUCGGGGCAGGACGGUGGGCGGGCAACCGAUAUAGAGGUGGUGGACAAUAAGAACGGCACGUAUGAGGUGGGCUACACACUGCGGAGUGAGGGCGAAUACUCCGUCUCUCUGCUGCUGUACGGACAGCCCAUCCGGGGCAGCCCCUUCAGGCUGCGCGCCGUCAAACCCUGCGACGUGCCCCAGUCUCCAGACGACGUGAAGAGGAGGGUGAAGUCGCCCAGCGGGACCGGAGGCCACAUCAGACAGAAAGCCGUGCGCAGACCCUCCAGCAUGUACAGCACCACGAAGAAGAAAGAGAACCCUAUUGAGGAUGAGCUCAUCUACAGAGUUGGCACAAGAGGCAGGGAGAAGGGCGAGUUCACUAAUCUCCAAGGCAUCUCCACCUCCAACAAUGGCAGAGUAGUAGUGGCGGACAGCAACAACCAGUGUAUACAGGUGUUCACUAAUGAUGGGCAGUUCAAGCUGAGGUUCGGAGUGCGCGGCCGCUCUCCAGGGCAGCUGCAGAGGCCUACUGGAGUAACUGUAGACAUGAAUGGAGACAUCAUAGUGGCUGACUAUGACAACCGAUGGAUAAGCAUCUUCUCCUCAGACGGGAAGUUCAAGAACAAGAUCGGAGCUGGGAGGCUGAUGGGGCCGAAGGGCGUGGCUGUGGAUCGUAACGGUCACAUCAUCGCAGUGGACAACAAAGCCUGCUGCGUCUUCAUCUUCCAAUCAAACGGAAAACUGGUCACCAAGUUUGGGGCCAGGGGCACCUCGGACAGACAGUUUGCAGAAAAAAGUGGUGCAAACUUUGCACUGGAGCAAAAGCUUAGUAAAUCUGGCCCUGGGUUCAGUCCUCACUUUGUAGCCGUUAACAACAAGAAUGAGAUUAUCGUGACAGACUUCCAUAAUCACUCCGUUAAAGUAUUCAGUGCGGAUGGGGAGUUCCUCUUUAAGUUCGGUUCUCACGGUGAAGGAAAUGGCCAGUUUAAUGCUCCAACAGGGGUGGCUGUGGAUGCUAAUGGCAACAUCAUUGUAGCAGACUGGGGCAACAGCAGGAUACAGGUGUUCGAUAGCUCAGGGUCCUUCCUGUCCUACAUCAACACCAGCGCGGACCCGCUGUACGGGCCGCAGGGGCUGGCCCUCACCUCCGACGGCCACGUGGUGGUGGCUGACUCGGGGAACCACUGCUUCAAAGUCUACCGUUACCUGCAGUAGCACUGAGACCGGCGUGCGGAAGCCGUCACAGGGUGCCACCGUCUCUCCUGCUUUCCCUCUCGUAUCCCCUGUUUUGCACAUUCAGUUCGGCUCAGAUCCUCAACCAAACUCGCAGAGGACGGAACGGAAAGCACGAGAGCACUUUUUCUUUCACCUUCUACUGAUACUGUGCCCCCCUUUUCCCCCCAAAGAGAAAAAAUUACUGUUCUUAUUUGUAGUAGUGAACCAGACCUUAUGAUUGUUUAAGAGGGGGGGCAGGUCAUCAUAUCAAAAAGCACAGAUGUUUUACAGUAAUCACUAACCUCUAACUCGAGAGGUCAACUGUAAGUUGUAAAUUUCACAAGCGAAAAUGUUUUCUCGUUUCGAAAUCCAGUGUCUUAACCUUGCUGAGCGGUCACUAGUUUCUUAGGUCAGUAUUUUCCCAGAAGAAAAGCCUCGAUACCAGCUUCUUUACUUCACCCUCCUUCAGAACGGAGUCAUACUGUCUGUCCUUCGACUGCAACACGAGUUGUGGAUUUUAUGGGUGUGUAUUUGUAUCUAUACGCAUAGACGUGUACUUGUAAAUAUGCUUAUGUGUGUAUAUAUAUAUAUGAGAAUAUAUAUGUAUAUGUAAUCUGUAAAUGUAUCGCUUUGGCUUCUUCUCAGCAUAUAUAUACAACGUCACUGUUUUCCACUGAUCCGGCGUAACCCUGUACAGAGCUAGUGCUUACAGUACACCUGGGUACCUACGACGUACUACUGCAUUUCCAGCCGACGUCACGGCACACCUGUGCUCUUUUUAAAAAAGCUCGAAAUGUGGAGCCAAAAAAAAAAAGGACUUGAUUUUAUUUUUCUCUUCCUUUUUCCCAAAUUUUUAUUUUUCUAAUUUGUCAGGCUAUUUUCUGUGUGGAGUUCUUCUAUCAAAAGAAAAAAAAACCUGUGGCUAAACAGAGGAAAAAAGAAAAAAUGGUUCAGAUAUACAUAUUGUGUUUACUUCUCUAAGAUAUCGCCAUGGGUUUUAAAACGUAGCCACUGUAUCGAUUCCCAUAUCGUCGCUGUUCAAAAAAACAUUUUUUUUCUAGUUUUUAUUUUUCUGCUUCAUUUGUCUUUUACAUUAUGGCACAAUUUCCUGAUUUAAUCAAUAGAUCAAUAGGAAUGCUCCAAAAUUCUCAGAAAAAAAUCUAAUUACAGUGAGCGCGUACAUGCACUUAAUAAUCUGAUUUCAGAAAAUCAGAUUUUGUCAGUAAUCCGAUCAACACGUUUGUAUGCUCUUGAGUAAUCAGAUGGGAAACUCCGUCGGAAUCAGACCGUAAUCAGAUUUCUGCUUUACAACCAGCCAAUAAACUCACAGAAGAAGACGCGACGUAAACCUAACGUAAAAUCAAACUUCAUGCCUCGGCUUGUUUUUUUAAAUAUCGCGCCGCUUUACCUGAAAAUAUGAACAAACAUCAUCUAGAAGAUGAAGAUUAUUUAAAUCAUUUAUUUCGUGUUUAGUUUCAGCGAUGCUCCAAAAGUGUUUUGCUGCGCCUCGCGACAUCCAACAUCUGAUCGCGCGCAUGCGCAGACUGAGAAAUCCGAAAGAAAUCAGAGUAAGAGUUCACAUGCACUGAGAAAUCUGAUUACUGAGCUAAAAUCCAGCCUCUUUAUCGGAUUUCUUAAUCGUAUUUCUAGAUCGGAGUAUUGUGUUCACCAUACUCCGACCAUUUGAAUAAUCAUAUAACUGCAGAAAUCUGAUUAUGAUCGGAUUAUUGAGUGCAUGUAUACGCACUCAUUGACUUACAUUAAAAGUAAAGAAUGUUUUUUUCUUCUCCUGCAAAGUAAAUUUUGAAUAUACUCGUUUUUUUGGACAGCAACAGUAUAUAGACUUCUCCCCUGUACAUAAUGGAUUCCAUUUAUACUAUCAGUGCAUCAUUGUGACAUCAGUGUGGCGGAGAAAGACGCCACCUUUUUAUCAGUAUUUCUUUUUUUAAUUUAUUUGGUGUUUUGUACAAAAGUCUCGGUUCUCCGAUUUGUGCGUUUUUAGAAGUGCCCUGCACGACCCCCACCAGCCAAAGCUUCCAGAAACGUCUUUCUCUUUUCCGUUUCCUCUUCAAGCUUCACGCGUGUCAUAGCUGCCAUCAUGUCUGUUGCUUAACGACCUAAUUUGUCUGUUACAGUGCGAGAGGUUUAUGAAGGUUGGCUUGUAGUUGAAAUGGUGAAAGUCCAUCUCUGUAUCUGUGCCAGAGUAGUUUUGCAUGUCGACGAGGAUCCCGGCAGUCUGGACAGUGAAAUGCUCGUGCUGCUGUAUCAUCUUCGGCCAGUGAUUAAAACAUUUUUCUGUUCAUCGGUUUGGUGACA